UGUCAACUUCAGCUGUACUGUCAUUCAGCUUCAACUCUUUCUUUACAAAAAAGGGGCGAAACAGCUCAAGUCAUGUCUGGGAAGGACUAUUUUUUCUACGGCAGCCGCGUCCGUCCUCGCUGACAGGCAGCCAGGCGCAGAGACAGACAGUUGUGCGGACCAACAAGUGGCUUGUUUUGUUCGACUCACGCCGGAGCCAACAAGUGUUUGUUGACGCUGCACUUGUGAUGGGGACAGAGCUUUAGUGCUGGGAGUCCACAACGACAGAUCGUGAAAUCCUACCUAUCAUGUGAAGGCUAUGGUUGUGGUUUGUGUGUGCGUGUGUGAGGGACGGAGACAGUGUUACAGAGAGCUAAGCUUUGCAGCUUCACCCCAGGGGCACUGGCCUGUUAAAAAAUGUCCCUGUAACCCUGGAACCAAGAAACCACGACAGUCAUCGCUUAUUCAAACGCCGCCGGGAGGCUCCAGAAAGAAAUCCGGGUUCUGGAACAGCCCUCUGCUUCUGGGAAUGUUCUCUCAGAGUUUCUAAACCCGGAACCAUGCUGGAACCUUCAGAGAAUCCGAUUCUGAAACGUCGUGAGGUCAAAGGGCAGAGACGGACUGAAGCGAGGGAAGACAGGACCAUCAAGUCGGGAGCUACGGGAGAAAAUUUGCAAAGCAGAGCGGUGAGCAGAGUGAGGAUGAAAAGAGGAAAGAACGAGCAGUGUAAAUUAUGGAAUGGUGACAAGACGGGAACGAGAAAAGUAGCACAAGGAAAAAAUGGGAUAACACGGAAAGAGACAAGUGAGAUGGAUAUCUUAGGGAAACGGACAGUUACGGAGAGAGAAGACGCACAAAAGGAGAAAAGCGUGAGGAAAAAUAAUCAGUGUCACGUCUUUGUGCGGGAAAACAUCAGUAAAAUGAAGGUGAGGAAGCAAGUCAACACCACGGGGAAGAUGUGGCAUCGUUUCUUCCACUUGUUUCCUCUCUUCUUCCUCAGCAUCUGUGCAAAACCUGCUUCAUCACAGGGAAAUUUUCCACGAAUGGAGAACAUUGCUGCCUUUAAGCCAGUGUCCACCUCUCCGCCUCGUUCCACCUGUGGUGUUCCAGAGCGGAGCAGCUAUUGUCAGUCACCUUCAUCGCAGGCUGAGCUGCAGACGUGUUAUCAGGCCUUCUGUAUCCAGGAGUGUCCCUAUAGAUCCUCCACUCCUCCGUACGCCCCGCUGCUGCUGGCUGCUCACAGGGGUACCUGUGUAACUGAAGACACGAAUGACACUCGUCCUGAGACUGGAGCCGUUACUGGUUCAGAUGGGGUUUCUGUUGGUUCUGGGAGUCUGCUCUUCAUGCCAGGCCAGGAUGGAUGUCUGGUCUCUCCUCCGUCACAGGCCCUUGGAGCAUUGGGUUCCCUCACCCUGGCCUUGUGGAUAAAACCAAGCUCUGUUGGAGAGAUGAUGCUGCUGGAGAAGAGUUUAGGGGAGCAGUUGGUAUUUUCUCUCACCGUGUCCGGGGAGGCUGUCACUCUGCGCUACGGUCAGUCCAGCAGUCGGUCUUCUCUGUCCAACACCUUCAAAACAGAAGGCAGGCUCGGCCUGGAGAAGUGGACUCAUGUUGUUUUGCAGAUCUAUGACAGACAUGUGAGUCUCUUUCUGGACGGCCUUGAAGAGGAUGGGACACCAUUUGACACACAACUUCUGAAUGCCAGACUCUCUGAUGUCAGUGAGGACGGUGCCAUGUGGGUAGGAGUCAGCUCCAAUGGGUCUAAUCAGUUCAUUGGGCGGAUGCAGGACUUUAGAUUUUAUCCCGCCUCUUUGACCAACAGGGAAAUAGUGGAGUUGUUCUCUGGAGUCCUGCCUGAGCUCCAUGUCCAGUCUGAGUGUCGCUGUCCUCCCAGUCACCCGAGAGUUCACCCUUUAGUUGAGAGAUACUGCAUUCCCAAUGCUGUUGAAGACACCACUAACGACAGAGUCCUAAGACUAAACCUCAACGCCCACCCACUCAGUUAUAUCAAUGACCAGGACAUGGGCACAACAUGGCUAUCAAAGAUCAUGACUACGGAGGAACUGGAUGAAGGAGUCACUGUUACACUGGAUUUGACUAAUGGACAAUACCAGAUCUUCUAUGUUAUAGUUCAGUUUGGUGGCCUGUUGCCGGAGUCGGUUCUGAUACAGAGACGGAAGUUUGACCUCACAGAACCCGAGCGCGGCACCGUCACAGAGCAGCCCUGGAUGGACUGGCAGUACAUGGCUAGAAACUGCGGAGUGUUUGAAAUGCAGAAUGACGGGCCUUUACACACACCAGACUCAGUCAACUGUCUGCAGCUGCCCAGUGACGUGCCCUUCUCAGGAGGUAACGUCACAUUCAGCUUGCUGAGUUCUCGGCCAAACCUGAGACCAGGUUACAAUGACUUCUACAACAGCCCGGCCCUGCAGGAGAUGGUCCAAGCUGCUCAGGUCAGGAUACAUAUGAGAGGACAGUACCACACCAGAGCAGCUGGCGUGAACCAGCGACACAGAUACUUUGCCAUCAAUGAGAUCACCAUCAGUGGCAGAUGUGAGUGUCAUGGCCACGCAGACCACUGUGACACCAGCGUGACACCGUACCGCUGUUUGUGUCUGCCAGAGAGCCACACGAAGGGAAACAAUUGCCAGCGUUGUGCACCGCUCUACAACGAUAAGCCAUUCAGGUCAGGUGACCAACUCCAGCCUAUGAACUGUCGACCUUGUCAGUGCCAUGGCCAUGCCGUCUCCUGUCACUAUGAUAUUCAAACUGAUGACCAACCAGAUGAGCACUAUCGGGGGGGAGGAGGUGUCUGUGACAGCUGCAUGCACAACACCACAGGUAAGAACUGUGAGCUGUGCCUAAGUGGAUUUUUCAGGCUGGAGGAGUCCGAUCCCACUUCACUUGAUGUGUGUCAGCCCUGUAACUGUCACACUGCUGGAACGGUGAACGGCAGCCUGGAGUGUGACCAGAUCGGAGGUCAGUGUCAGUGUAAAGCUGCAGUAACAGGUCGUCAGUGUGCAGACUGUUUCCCUGGUUGGUAUAAUCUUAAAGCCUCAAAUCCAAAUGGCUGCGUUUCCUGUAACUGCAGUGACUUGGGAAUCAUCAGCACCUCAACAGGAGCAGUUCCCAGCUGUGACCAGCACACAGGACAGUGUCAGUGUAAACCUCAUGUCACAGGUCUUUCAUGUGACCGCUGUGAGUUCGGUUAUUGGAACCUCUCCCACCCAGACGGCUGUGUCCCGUGUGACUGCGACCCCUUGGGUUCGCUCAGUCCGUUCUGUGAGCCUGAUGCUGGGCAGUGUGAGUGUAAACCGGGGGUUGGUGGCCAGCGAUGUGACUCAUGCGGCAGCGGUCUGUUUGGUUUGAGACUGGAAGGAUCCUGCGCCCCCUGCAACUGUUCACAUAAAGGCACAGUACCUGGGACAGACUGUGAUCCUUACACAGGACAGUGUGUGUGUAAGGAACAUGUGGAGGGCCGUCGCUGUGACUCUUGCCGUCAUGGUUACCACACCCUGGAGCAGCGAAACUCCCUGGGCUGUUUGCCGUGUGUGUGUGACGUUAGUGGAACUGUGCCAGAGCGUGUAUGUGAUAUGUGGACUGGACAAUGCCCAUGCAAGGAGGGGGUGGAGGGAGCACAGUGUACCAACUGUGCACACAACUACUAUAACAGGAGUUUAUACGUCGAAAAUGGUGUGUCCCAUGGCUGUGCACCAUGUAUUUGUGACCCCACCGGGACAGUGACGGGGUCUGUCUGUGACAGUACCACAGGACAGUGUGUUUGUGCACCAACACGCUAUGGAAAGGACUGCAGUAGCUGCCGACCUGGUUUCUACCUCUCUCCAGAUCGGAGUAUGUGUUUGGAGUGUGACUGCCAUCCCAUGGGAGCAUUACAGCGUGGAUGUGAGAGCCAGACUGGACAGUGUGUGUGCGCCCAACCUUCAGUGGGGGGGCGACGUUGUGACCAGUGUCGAGAGAUGUUCUUCGGGUUCAACCCCGGUCUGGGCAGAUGCCGUCCUUGCGCAUGUGACCCAGUGGGCAGUGUCAAUGGUUCAUGCGAUCCAGACUCCGGGGUGUGUGUGUGUAAGCUGCUGGUAACUGGAGACAAGUGUGAUUUGUGUCAUCCUGGAGCCAGUCAUUUUGAUCCUGACAACCACUUUGGCUGCAGUAAAGCACCCUCUCAACAGCCUGCACCAGUGGGCUUUGCUCUCAGCUUCUCCUCCAUUCAUCUAUCUUGGCAUCCACCUGACUCCCCAAACUCACACAGACUCAACUACACACUCAUGAGGGAUGGGCAGUCUGUGCAUACCAUCCAAAGUCAUUAUCCUUUCAGGCCUGAAUCAUUUGAAGACAGUGGUUUACUUCCCUUCACCAACUACUCUUACUGGCUUGUAACAGCUAAUGUUGCUGGUGCAACAAUUAGUGCAUCUUCCUCAUACCAAACUUUAGGUGCUCCGCCUGAGGCAGACCAGCUCCAAUUAAACCUUGUGGGACGACCGGGUCCGACCAGUGCGAGCUUUAACUGGAGCACACCGAGAAACGAUACAGGCCCAGUGGAGAGGUUUGUGUUGUCCUCCAUGGAGUCAUUCGGUGUAGCAGAGCCUGUCAUUCACUACACAGGCUUAUCUACAGAGACUGUGGCAAGAGGGCUCAAACCUUUUACCCAGUACACUGUAAUACUGGAGGCGUGUUCUUCAGGGGGGUGCACCUCUAGCACACCACGGUCUGUUCUGACGGCCUCUGCUGCCCCACAGAACCAGCCUCCUCCCAGAGUCACUGCUACAGGACCUCAUACACUGCAUGCUUCUUGGGAGCCUCCCAGUCAGCCAAAUGGUGUUAUCACGAGGUAUGAGGUCUUUCUGCGUGGACCAGUUGAAUCACAAAACCUUUCUGAUCAUGCUGUUGAGAAGAGAGUAUUCUCUAGCUCCGGUUGGCUGGAUCCAAGUGUUUCCCCUGAAGCAAACCCAACUAAUAGAAGCGCAGUACCACCCCCUGAGAGCAGUACUGUAGUAUCAGAUCUGCAGGCGUUUUCCAUCUAUCAGAUCAGAGUUGUGAGCGUCAGUAUUGCAGGAAGUGUCUCAUCAGAGUGGACCACAGCACGCACCAUGGAGGGAGUCCCAGAGUUUAUGACUCCUCCAGAAGUGUCGGCACUUUCAUCCAGCAGUCUCAGAGUUACAUGGAACUCUACCGAGGGUCACGGGCUCAUAGCCAGAGGAGAGGUCACAGAAUAUCGGGUGAACAUGCUCACAGAGCAGACCAACAAUCCCUAUGCUCCUCCAGUUGUUAGUCAGGUCCUGCAUAGGGCUGGACCAUCAGCACAACCUGUUCAUGUUGUCCACGGACUGAAGCCUUACCAUGUGUACAACUUCACUGUCACAGUCUGCACCAAAGCAGGUUGCAUCAACAGCCUGCCGAGCACGGGACGGACCUUACCAAUAGCUCCAACAGGACUGUCUUCACCACGAUUAUAUCCAGUAAAUGAAACCACCAUUCAGAUAGACUGGGACCCCCCAACCCAACUCAACGGACCACACCCACUAUAUCAAGUGGAGAGAACAGACGUUUCUCUCUCUGAUCCACAAGAUCCAGUCGUCAGAGGAACCAGAUUCUCAGGAAACAGUUACUACCAGUUUCCCAGUGACACCCUACCAAGCAACACCGACUUCACAGGUGUCGCGCUGAGUUUCAAAACUCGGUCUCCAGAUGGUCUGCUGCUCUGUGCCUUCUCUCCAGGAAGUCAGGAAGAGUUCUUGGCCAUUCAGAUCAAAAAUGGACGGCCGUACUUUUUGUUUGACCCACAGGGCUCAGCAGUGGCUGUGAGUUUACAGGGUGAUGGAGGGCGCCGCUACAACGAUGGACAGUGGCACAGCAUCACAGCAACGCGGCGAGGGGCCGUGGGAACAAUCGUUGUAAACGAUCAAUACCGAGGACUUGCGUCAGCUUCCAGUGGCAGUACUGUUAUUGGUGAGAACUCGGGGGUGUUUAUUGGAGGGCUGCCUGAAGACUUUAAUCUGCUGAGACACGAUUCAGGAGAGGCCCAGCUGGUGCGACAGGGCUUCUCUGGUUGCCUCAGAGAUGUGAGCUUUAAGAUGACUGACACCCCCUCAGAGGAAUGGCAACCUCUGGACUGGGCAAAGGCCACAAAGACGUCGGCGGUGUAUGAAAGCUGGGAGGGAUGUCCCCUUCAGACAGUGGAUGGAGCCCAUUUCUUGGGUCACGGUUACUUGGAGUUGGGCUCGGGUGUAUUCAGUGGUGGACAGGACUUUGACAUUUCUAUGGAAUUCAGAACAGACCAGCUCAAUGCACUUUUGCUCUUUACGUACAACACACAAACCGAAGACUUUAUGCUGGUGGAGCUUGAAGGCGGGCUCCUGUCCUUCAUUCUUUCCUCUGAAGGUCAGGUGAUUGAACUCAGCAUGUGGGUGGGGCUUAGCUACUGCGAUGGAGACUGGAAACAAUUGUCAUUGGCAAAACGAGGCUCACUCGUCUCUGCUGAAGUCAAUGACUGGGCCGAGGAAACAAGGGGAGUAGGAGGAGCGGUGAGGCUGAGAGUUGACUCACCGUUAUACUUGGGGGGCGUGCCAGCAGAGCUCAUACAUCCUGCACUGGACAGCCGAAGUCACAAACACGGCCUAGGAGGUUGCAUAAGGGGUCUCACAAUACAAAGUGAUGAAAGGAGCCCUCCUCUCAGUCAAACUGUUAAUCUCUCUGUUGCCUCACGCCGUUCUGUAAGAGUCUACUUAGAUGGCUGCCCUACCAGUGAAAGUCGCUACAACUGCAGAGGAAACGAUUCGGUGUUGGUGUAUAGUGGGAAAACAACACAAACCACAGAUUCUAGUCUGCAGCCUUUCACUGAGUACUUGUACAGGUCUGUGGCCCUGGCUGCAGGAGGCUGGGCGGCAGGACCGUGGCAGAGGGGGCGCAGCCGAGGCAAAGUUCCUCGGUCUAUACCACCCCCUAGGACGGCGCAGAGUCUGAACGGCUUCAGAGCCAAGGUGAGCUGGGUGCCACCCUCUGGUGACUUCAGAGGGCUCAUUGACAGAUACGAGCUGAAGGCCUACGACAGAGACCACCCAGAAGUACCGCCCAUCAGAACCACAUACCCGGCUAACGGAAAUUUCACAGGUGUCCUGUCAGGUCUCACUCCGUCCACUCGCUACAUCGUCACUGUAAGUGCCUGUACUCCUGUUGGCUGCACUGAAAGCCUUCACAAUGACAGUGGUGAUGACGAUGAUUUGAGAUCGAGUCUCACAACCCCAGAGGAAGCUCCAGAUGCUGUCUCUUCUCCAGUGGCGGUUGCCUCUCCCACUGCUCUCAGUCUUACCUGGGAACCUCCAGCAAGGCCCAAUGGAGGCAUUACAGAGUACCUCCUCUAUCACAACAACCACAUGGUCUACAGAGGGAAAGGCAGACAACACAACAUCACUGGUCUUGGUGUCUACACCACCCAUAUCUUGGUACUGAGUGCGUGCACCGUAGUGGGCUGCACCAACAGUUCACAAGUUACAAUGUUGACCUCUCAACUGCCUCCUGGGCCACUACAAGCACCGACUCUUACUCUGCUCGACUCUCGGACUAUUUUUGUAGAGUGGUCCCGUCCCUCUCAGAUAAAUGGCGUCUUGGAGUUCUAUUCCAUCUUCCUGUCACGUGACGGUGCCGAGCCCGUGUUAGCCCACAACACCUCAGAACUUUUUGAAGACCACACACUCCGCAACCUCACCCCAGGAACGGCUUACACCAUCACCGUGGCUGCCUGCACAGGAGGCGGUUGUACAUUAAGCCCCCCGAGCCAGGCUCAAACUGAGGAGAGCACCCCUGAGAACGUCUCUGCACCGCUGGUCACCCCUUUGUCCCCGCAUGCACUCAACGUCAGCUGGACUCCUCCUCACACUCCGAACGGUAUUAUAACAAGCUAUGGUCUCUGGCUGGAUGGAGUUCUCAUUUUAAACUCCAGUGCCUCCCAGAGGUUCUUCGUGGUGGACGGACUCUCUCCGUGGAGCCGGCAUGUACUCAGACUGCAGGCCUGUACAGCACAGGGCUGUGGCAAGGGACCAAUGGUGGAGAUGCGUACAUUAGAAAUGGCACCAGAAGGCCCUAUACUGCUGGAGCUGACCAAUCAGAGCUCUAGGUCGGUGCGAGCUCGCUGGACGGCCCCUCCUAGAGCAAAUGGGAACCUCAGCUACACACUGUACUAUAAAAGCAAAGAUGGUGAUGCUGUGUUGGAUGGCAGUACAGCAGCAGGCGUCUGGUUGUCUGUGAAUGACCUUCAGCCCUACACUAACUACAGCUUCUGGAUCAGAGGGUGUAACACACAGGGCUGUGUUGAGAGCCUGCCACUCAGUGUUACUACUCCCCCAGCAGCCCCAGACGGUUUGUCACAACCAACUUUGACCCAUGCAACUAACGCCAGACUGAAUGUAUCCUGGUCCGCCCCCGCCAACUCCAACGCACCCGGCCCACUCCAGUACAGCCUGCAAAUGAGGAUAUCCCCACACAGGCCUGUCAUAAGGCUUUUAGAAAAUGCAACAGACACCUUUUCCUAUCACGUGGAAGACUUGUCGCCAUACACCGAGUACCAGUUUAGAGUGGUUGUGUCACACACACACGGGCAGACGGCCGGACCCUGGGCGACCCUGCGCACAGCAGAGGACCGUCCUGGACCAGUCGACACACCAACUAUAUCAGGGCUUCAUCCUCAGAGUGCAUCAGUCACCUGGGCUCCACCCACUCAGCCGAAUGGCAUUAUUACAAAUUAUACACUUUAUCUUUAUCCCGGCAGCAUCACGUCUUUACACUUUGAACCCAGCUCAGUUUCUAACAGCAGCUUGACCCUAAACCCCAGCUCAGGUCCUAACCUAAGCCUGCUAUCCAGUGCACAUCUCAGCUCAGGUCAAAACCUUAGGUCAACAUCCAGUCCUACCACCGCUCAAAGCUCAAGACACGUAUCCACAUCUUCUAGCAUCACAGACACUUAUGAUGAUUCAGACACAAUUCAAAACACUACACACAAUCUCCUGCCUAAUCAUUUCUCCACAUUGAGGCCUUCUAUAGGGGAAGGGAACUACGUAGAGUACACGUCUGUAAGCAACAUAAGCCGAACCCCAACUUACAUGUCAUUUAACCCAAGUGAACCCAGUACCCAAAGUACAAACCAAGAGUAUAGUGCAGCUAGGUAUAAUACUACUGAACAUUUCAGAGAAAACCUUUUCCACAGCUCCAUCUCAAGUUCUUUUAGUGCAGCUUCAAGAUCGGCGCCUCAGUCAGUCAAUGUUCCAGGAAAUACCACCAGCUACACUUUCCUCGACCUACUUCCCUACCAGACCUACAGCCUCCAGGUGGAAGCAUGUACCAGUGUGGGCUGCUCCGUGUCUGGGACAUCUCAGCCUUUUCGUACUCCCCCAGCUCCCCCUGAAGGCGUUCCUGCGCCUCACCUUUACUCUGACACACCCACCUCUGUUCUCUUAUCAUGGGGUGCACCAGAGCAGAACAAUGGACCACUGGAAAGGUGGCUGAUUGAGCGCAGAGUUGCAGGGACCCAGCAGGUUUCCAGAGUGGGCCAUCUCCUGCCAGAUCCUCCACCUCUUUCUUUCCUUGACUCUUCAUCGGCUCUCAGUCCCUGGACUAGCUACCAGUAUCGACUUGUGCUUCAUAAUCAGGCUGGCAACACUACAGGGCCGUGGGUCAGUGUCACCACCAGACCUUCUCGACCUGCUGGUCUCAGUCCUCCAAGGGUGAUGGUCUUGGGGCCAAAGUCACUUCAAGUCACAUGGUCACCUCCUCUUAUUCCCAAUGGAGAAAUCCACGGCUAUGAGAUCCGCCUCCCUGAACCUCGUAUCUAUGUCGAGGCCAGCAAUGAAUCUGAGCUCAGCGUUAACAUAACGGACCUCGUUCCUUUCACAAAUUACAGUAUCACUGUGCUGGCGUGUUCAGAGGGUGGAGGGCAUGUUGGAGGGUGCACAGAAAGUCUGCCAGCUCCAGCUACCACAUCACCCACAAACCCUGAAGAGAUUUCACCUCUGUCAGUGGUGGCAGUCAGUGAGUCUUUCCUGGCCAUUUCCUGGCAGCCACCAAGCCGGCCCAACGGACCUAACAUCAGAUAUAAGUUGCUCAGACGUAAAACCCACCAGCCCCUGGCCGUCGCCACGGCCCCCACAUUAACAGCCUCGUCCCCGCCCCCCUCUGAAGAUCUCCAUCGCUGGCUCCAUGUUUACUCCGGCACCAAAUUGUUCUACCAAGAUAAAGGCCUAAGCAGAUUCACUCGUUACCAGUACCAGUUGGUAGUUCAUAAUGACGUGGGCUACUCCUCAGGAGAAAUUGUUACCGCGGUGACCAUGGCUGGGCUGCCCCUCCACCCUCCAUCUUUGUCUGCCCAAGCCAUCAAUCACACUGCUGUACACGUCAACUGGACACAGCCGUCUUUGCAGGACCUGCAGGGAGAGGUGGAAUAUUUCUUCGUCACAGUAAAGUCUCCCCAGCCAAGUCUGAUCUUGACUUUCGCCCCCAAGAUCUUGUCCACAGUAAUAAGUGACCUCUGGCCCAGCACCACAUACCUGGUGUCAUUACACGUCUCCAACGGAGCACACAAUACAUCUAAGGCAAUGGUUAAUGUUACCACAGCAGAUGGAGAGCCAGAAGGGCUGUCUGCCCCAGAGGUAGUUCCAGUGAACAGCAGCGCCGCACGGGUGCUUUGGCUCCCUCCCCUUCGACCCAAUGGAGCAGUUACCGGCUACAAAAUCUAUGUGAAUGACCGUCUCCAUGGCGAUGUGGACAACAGCUCUGGGUCCUACCUGCUGGGAGACUUGCUGCCUUUUACUGUCUAUAGCAUACAGGUGGAGGUGUGUACAGUAUAUGCAUGUGUCCGGAGUGAUGUUACAAAAACAACUACAGUGGAAGAUCUGCCUGCUGACUUGGCCGUGCCACAUGCACAAGUGAUAAAUCCCAGGGUGGUGAGAUUAGAUUGGUCCCAUCCGGGCAGACCCAGUGGGAUCAUGCUGGGCUAUGAGGUUUUAAGACGGACCCUCAGAUCUUGCACUGGUGGGGCAACAUCCUCUUUGGGGGAAGAGUCGGACGGCGUGAGAGGUUUAAGGCUCAGAUGUUCCUACCAGCAGUGUCCUGUGGGUCACGGUGUGUGUGGGACAUCCUGCUUUCAUCCUGACGCACAGGUUUGCUGCAGUGGAGAAUUGCACACAAAGAAGCCACGCCACCACUGCUGUGAAGGCAGCUACCUGAGUUUGAAUAAUUCCUUGAGACCAGUUUGCUGCAAUGGGAAACUGGUCCCAGCUCUCCCCGGCCACCAGUGCUGUGGAGGAUAUUACGUACAUGUAAAAAUCAAUGAAUACUGCUGUCCUGACCACUUGCAGGGCCGGGUCUCAGUGGGACUGGGUGACAGCUGCUGUGGGGGGGUUCCUUUCUCCAUAACAGGCGGCCAGCUCUGCUGUAGUGGAAGCCUCCAUGAUGGCUACGGGCUCCAGUGCUGUGGAGGCCGUAUUGUAGACGAUACACUCGUGUGCUGCGGUGAUGCUGAGAGGGGGGAAGUGCAUAAAUAUACUCCGGGCUUUGUCUGCUGUGGUGAAGAGUACAUAAAUUCUUCAGCCUCUCUUUGCUGUGUGAGCCAUGAAGGAUAUCCCACAAUACACCCUGCUGGCAAUGCCACAGUGACUCUGCAGUGCUGUGGGUCAAAUGUCAUUCAUCAGGAAGAGAAAUGCUGCAACGGGAUCGGAUAUGACCCCCAGCGACAUGUCUGCGCUGACCGGCCCACCCCUGGCCUGUCGAUACAGCACCAGUGUUUGCAGGGUGCUGUGUGUCCUGUGGCUGCAGCAUCCACAGCUUACUGUGGCUCCUGUGACCUUGAUCCAUCUACGACUGCCUGCACAUGGGUCCUGUCUGCACACACACCGCCCGGCACGCGGCCCGCGACGCAGCCGCCGUUCAUAAGCGCCGUGCAGGAAACGCACUCAAACAGAAGCGAUAACACUUACAAAAUAAUAGACGCGUACAGGCACACUGAGAACGUGGGACUCGAGAGAAGUCUGUGCCUGUCACAUGAGGAGGUUGUGUACAGCGGAGAUGCCAGCAUAUACACCUAUACAGACUCAGACCUGGAGCCUUUUACCACAUAUGAGUAUAGAGUAAGUGGCUGGAACAGCUUUGGCCGAGGCUCCAGCAACGUUACAACGGUGACGACCAGUGAAGACAAACCAUGGGGAGUGGCAGCACCCCGCUGGAGUCGCAUAGGUGAACGGGAUGACAUCAUCCAGCUGCAAUGGCAAGCUCCCGCCAGACCUAAUGGGGAGAUCACCCACUAUGUUAUACUGCGGGAUGGACGAGAACGUUACCGUGGAGAUGAGAGCAGUUUCACUGAUGUUGGUGGGAUCAAGCCUUUCCGGGAGUACAAAUACCAGCUGAGGGUCUGUAACCGGGCGGGUUGUACUGACAGUGCACAGGUGGUGGCAGUGACGGUCCAGGGAGUCCCAGAGGACGUGCAGCCUCCAGUGGUGACAGCAGCGAGCUCCUCCUCCCUCAACGUGAGCUGGUCUGAACCUACUCGACACAAUGGAGCCGUACAGCGGUACCACCUGAACCAGACCGGUGUCGGAACCAUAUUUACUCUCACUGAUGGACCCAGAAAUUACACAGUGGCUGGUUUGCAGCCAUACACAAACUACAGCUUUGUGUUGGUGGCCUGUACAGCUGCUGGAUGUGGAGCCAGUUUACCGUCCUCAGGACGCACACUGGAAGCCAUGCCUGCUGGUGUGUGGGUGAGGCCCAGACACCUGAUAAUAAACACAUCUGCGGUGGAGCUGUACUGGGAUCAGCCGUCCCGGCCUAAUGGACACAUCUCCCAGUACAGACUGAACAGAGACGGUCACACUGUUUUUACCGGAGACCACCGUGACCGGAAUCACACCGACACUGGACUCCUGCCAAAUCACAGGUAUUUCUAUCAGCUGGAGGCUACUACGGGGGGUGGGACUGCUGUGAGUGACAAAUAUGUUAUACAAACACCAGUCUCAUGCCCCACUGGGAUCCCACCUCCCCACAAUGUGACAGUGUUGGGCCCCUACUCCAUCUCUCUUGCCUGGUCCCCCCCUGUUCAUGUGAACAUCAGCCAGCCUGUGAACUACAACAUCUUGUUAAAUCCAGGGAGUGACAGUGCCAUAAAGCGUCAGGCUGGUCAAGACCUGCACCUCACUGUGACCGGUCUCGAGCCCUUCACCACUUACUACAUAAGAGUGCAGGCCUGUCAGACUGAUGGGUGCGGAGUAGGAGAUGGUGUCUAUGUCCAGACAUUAGAGACGGCCCCAGAAGGUCUCCUGCCCCCCACAGUCAAAGCAGCAGGAGCCAGUGUGCUGGAGAUCCACUGGUCACCUCCCAAAAAACCAAACGGACUCAUCACCUCCUACCAUAUAUACAGGCGUCCCCUGGGAACCGAGGAGGAGCUGCUGGUUUUCAUCUGGUCCAGUGGGCCGCUUGAAUUUUUUGAUGCCAGCCCUGACCUGAGACCUUUCAGUCACUUCCAGUACAGGGUUCGGGCUCACAACUCAAAAGGCUCAGUUCUGAGUCAGUGGACUUUAGCUCAGACCUUAGAGGCCAAACCUCAAGACAUGUCCGCUCCCAUUGUAACACCCUCAGGGGCCUACUCAGCCCACCUGAAAUGGAGUGAACCGAGACAACCCAAUGGUCUCAUUUCCCAUUAUAGGCUGAUUUACAAGAAGCAGCAACAGGACCCAACACUCAACUCAACCACUGUUACAGCUCUCACUGUAGAGGCUUCAGUCCUGGAGGCAACUGUGUAUGGUCUUGAACCGUACAGUCAGUACAGUCUACGAGUGGAAGCCGUGAACGGGGCAGGCAGUGUCUUCAGCCAAUGGGUGGACAUUAGGACCCUGGAGGCCUCUCCGGCCGGCGUGGCUAACUUCACAGUGGAGCAGCGAGAGCAGGGCAGGGCGUUACUGCUCAGCUGGGAUCAACCACGUGCUCCAAAUGGAGUCAUCACGAUGUAUAAUUUGUACAGUGAGGGGAACCUAGAGUUCAGCGGGCUCUCACGCAGCUUCCUGUUUCGUCGUUUGGAGCCAUGGACCAUUUAUGCUCUGACUCUGGAAGCGUGUACCUCAGCAGGAUGCACACACACGCCACCUCAGCACAUCAUCACAGCAGCUGCACCACCUGCUUCCCAAGCGCCUCCCAGGCUUCUCUCAGUCGGCCCCGAUCGUGUGUCACUUUCAUGGGACCCACCUUCCCAACCCAACGGGCCGAUUGGCGAGUAUUUCUUGCUUGGGAGAACGGAGGAAGAAGGGAGGGGAAGGAGUAAGGAAGAAGAUAUGGAAAGGGGGAAAGUGCUUUUCAGAGAAACAUCCCCUCAACAAAUUGAAAGCUUCUCGUAUACAGUGACUGGUUUGCGUCCCUGGACAGAGUACGAGUUCAGCGUCUGUACUCGUAAUCCAGCUGGACACACCUGCAGCCCGUGGGUGACUGUAACAACCAGACAAGCCCCCCCUCGUGGCAUAGCCCCUCCAAAAGUCAGUCAUCUCCGAGGCCGGCCCAGUGAGGUGUUGGUGUCCUGGUCUCCUCCUCUGGAGCCUAAUGGAGUACUUCAGUCUUACAGGAUUCAGAGGAACAACGUCAGUUUCUCAUUUAGUUUUGACCCUACUGUCCUCAGCUACACGGAUGAAGACCUCCUGCCAUUUUCAACAUAUAGCUACUCAGUCAUAGCCUGCACAUCUGAGGGAUGUAUCACCAGCCCUCAUUCAAACAUCACCACUCUAGAGGCUCCACCUGCAACAGUGGGAGCUCCCAAAGUGGACGCCAUCACACCAAACAGCAUAAAUAUUUCCUGGAGUAGACCACCGACUCAGAAUGGAGAGGUGACAGAAUAUGUGCUGGAACUGAAUAAUGAAGAGGCUUAUCGUGGCAGAGACCUGAGUACAGUGCUGUCAGGUCUGCAGCCGCAUACGUCAUAUCAGCUGGCUCUGUCUGCUUGCACCAAUGGCGGCUGCACUACCAGCGUCACGAUGUCCACUGUAACUGGGGAGGCUCCUCCUGCUGGCCUGCCUACUCCCACGCUUAAGGUCACUGGCCCAGAGUCGGUGGAGAUUAGUUGGCGACCACCCGAGCACCCCAAUGGCAUCAUAACUGGGUACGAACUCCGCAGAGACGGGGAAGUUAUCUACGUCGGCACAGAGACCCAUUACCACGACUUCACACUCCUGCCAAACGUGGAAUACAGCUAUGUUGUCAGGGCCAACAACAGUAGAGGUGCCGUGAGCAGCACCGUCGCCACAGCAAAGACUCACCCAUCAGCUCCGUCUGGUGUGGGUCCUCCCAUACUGACACCUGUGGGCACAAGUCAGGUGACGGUAGAGUGGCGUAUUCCAGCCCGUCCUAACGGAGACAUUGUGAGUUACACUGUGUAUCAGAGAGAUCCAGUCCAGCUGAGCACCAUGAGCUCUGUGUUCACACCAGAAGACACUGGUUUCUCUGACAGACACACCACUCUACGUGGACUGGCUCCUUACCAUAGGUAUGAGGUGAGAGUGGAGGCUUGCACAGCACUGGGCUGCUCCUCCAGUGAUUGGUCCUCUAUUCUCACGCCUGAAGCUCCCCCUGCUGGACAGACGGGGCCACUGUUGGACCUCCAACCUGACACACACACCGGCCUACAGACCAGCUUCCUCCUCACCUGGUCCCCUCCAGCUAAGCCAAAUGGUAGGAUCCUGCAUUAUGAGGUGCACCGCAGACUGGAGAAUGCCACUGGCACCCACCGAAGUGAGGCAGCAACAGUUGUCUGCAGGAACGUGUCUACAACUUGCAAAGACAACGGACUGCAGCCGUAUACUGUAUACCAGUACCAGGUGUGGGCGGUGAAUUCUGCUGGUCGUUGUGAGAGUCCGUGGGUCGGUGGGAGGACGGGACCUGCUCCGCCCGACGGUGUGGCCCCGCCCGUUUUCCUGCACGUGGCAGCGACCUCAGCCGUGGUGGCCAUCCACCCUCCGGCCAGACCCAACGGGAUCGUUAGCCUUUACAGAGUGUUAGCGCUGGACCACAACAAUCACACUCUGCUCUCAGAGGGGACGUCCCAUCAACAGACACUCCACGGUUUACGUCCCUACUCCCAGUACCGGAUAAGACUAGAGGCCUGCACCUGUUAUCAGUGUUGUAGCCGGGGUCCACCGACCAAGCUCCACACCCUGUCUGCCCCACCAGCCCGUCAGCCUCCCCCCCGCCCUGUCACCCUGACCUCCCGCUCUGUUCAGGUGGAAUGGGAUGAGCCUUUGGCUCCUAAUGGAGUCAUUGAGAGCUGUGAGCUACAUCUCAGAUCGCCGUGCCCACAGCCCCCCCAGCCGGUUCCCCUCCCCUGCGUUGAAGAACCGAUGGAAAUCUGUUUCUUUGGCAAAAAGAGGAGCUACAAUGUUACAGGUCUCCAGCCGUACUCCACCUAUGAGCUGAGAGCUGCCUGCUUCAAUAACAUGGGUAGCACUGCCUCCAACUGGACGACUGUCAGCACACUCAGCGAAGCUCCCCAGUAUGUGUCUCCCUUCUCAGUGGACAGUAACCUGACGGUUAUCUGGCUGGACUGGACGGGGACCUUCUCCCUCAACGGCUACCUGAAGGAGUACAGCGUGACUGAGAGCCAGCUCAGGGUCUACACCGGCUUCUACAGCUAUCUGCAUAUCCCACGCACCUCACAGAAAACUCUGUCAUUCCAGGUGACUUGUACCACCGACAGUGGCAGUGCCAGCACUCCCACCAUCAGAUACAGCCCAGCCACAGGCAUCGGUCCUCUUGAGUCUGAAGACGGUGGUCAACAGGGGGUCAGCAUGUCGGCCACCCCGGUUUACUCUGAGCUGUGGUUCAUCCUGCUGUUGACCCUGCUGGGGCUGUUUCUGCUGGCCAUCCUGCUGGGCUUGGUGCUACAAAGAGCCUUGAGGAAGAAUCCAUCAGCCAGAGAGCGCCCUCCGCUGGUCAUGCUACAGAAGACCAGAAAGGCUGGAGGAGAGACAUACAGGAGGCCCUGUCCUGAGUUGUGCUCUAAACAUCACUCCGGCUCUGUGUUCCUCCCUGAUCGCCCCACAGGUCUGACAGACACAAAGAUUGGCAGCGGCCCUCGGUUCAGCCCCAUGUCUGUCCUGCGGGUUCCCAGCCAAGCAGACCUCAGUCAGGCCUACUCCCAGCAUUCCUUGCACCGCAGCAUGAGUCAGCUGAUUGACAGGAAGUCCCUGAUGCUGGAGGAAGGAAGCUGGGACAACGCGCUAGGACAUGAUUCCGGACUGUAUGUGGAGGACGACGAGAUUGUGGACGCCAUCCAGGCUUUAAGUUCUGUGAAAAAGGAGCACACCAUGUUCACUGAUACUCACCUUUAAGACAGGAUGUCCACACCUAUCAGGUAUCACAGUUAAUCCUGGACAGUUAAACAUUCAUACCAGCUCUUUGGAGUUAGCUGAGGAGGGGUCUCUUUUUAGAGGUUUUCAUUUGCAUAACAAGUUUAAAUGUAAAUGUUUAUGGAUAUGAAUUAUAUAGAGAUUAUCAUAAAGGAAAAAUUAAGACCCAAAAACCUGGGGAAAAAGAAUAAGAGUCAUAGUUUUCUUACCGAGGUCUUCAUCAUUUAAAAGGUGUUAUUCUAAAGAACCAGUGUGUAGGAUUUAGUGACAUCUUGUGGUGAAGUUUCAGAGUGCAGCCAACUAAAUAUUUCCCCUCACACCUUCUUUCCAAGGAUGAGCGUGGGCCGUCACUUAAUCAAAAGAAAAUGCUAAUGGCUCCGUCUGGAGGAAGUGUAUUAUUUCUGGACUACUGAAGAAAUGUGUGUGAUUGUGUUUGAGAGAACCCUCUCAGUAUUGUAGAUAUAAGAGUUCAAAAUAAUUCAUGAUUUUAAGUGAAAACCCCAGUAGUGAAAAAUAUGUUUUUGCCAGUAUAAAUCUUAUACACGGGUCCUUUAAAAGCAAGUGUCGUCAACACCUGUGGGGCCUGAUAGACUUAACUUAAGGUGCAGGGAGCUGAUAUCCCUAAAUGUAGUUCACAUGUCAGGUGAAAACUAAAGGUUACUGAGUUCAUAUCUUGUUACAUCUAGGAAUUACAGAGUAUAUUAAACCCUAAUCAGAUUAAGAACCACAACAACCCUUAAAAUACUUGUAUUGGAAAUGUCAUUGUUGUACUAUGAUUCACUGCCUCGCUUGCCAACUGUUAGUAAUUUAUAACAUGUUUCAAUGAAGUUCAUUAAAAUCAAGUAUAGCAGGUUUAAUACUCACUAUCCACAGUGAAACCAGUCUAGUCUAGGUAACGACAGCCACCUCCACUGCAUCAAUCUGUAAUUGUGCCUAGUAAGCUCACACGUAAUCAGCUGCAAUAGUCCUUUAGUUGAAGUAAGAGACAUGGCCUUGAUGUGAGUUUUAUUAGAACAAAAUGCCAACAGUUUUGUUUUGUUUGUUUGUUUUUUAACGUGUUAAAUGUGGCUGGGAAUCACUGAUGUGCCGUCUGAUUGUUGUGAUUACGUGAUGUAACUUAAAACCCUAAUCGGAAAUGUGUUGUCAGCUGUAGUCGUCCUGUUUACUGCAAUUUAAACACACAAAAAAAGCUGUGGUGAUGAAAUUAAGCUUUGCUCGGCUGUAGUGAAGCUAAAAGUCUGGGUUUGAUUUUAGACUUUAGUUAUGAGCUUGUCCGUCGGUGUUUGUCUGCAGUUGACACCAAUUUUCAUCCUUCUAUCAAGAACACGAUCAACAUCCUGUUUAGUUUUUAGUUGCGGGAUUGAAACAUUAAAUAUGUGGAUUCCACAGAUUGGGGCAAGAACCAGUGUUUAUCAGUGAGAGACGUUGACGUCUGUAUCACGUUGAUGGGUCUUGAUGUUUGUUUUGUUUUUUUGUGGUCAAUGUUGAAGCCUAUUGUAUUAUUUCCUGUUUCUUUUUUACACGGGCAGUAUUAUUUAUGGUUGUUGUAUAAAAAGAGUCUUAUUUAUAGAUGAUUCAUUGAUCGAUGUUUGUGUCUUUUCUGGGAAAUUAUAAAAAAAAGAAAAGAAAAACUUGUAUUUGUUUUGUGUCGUUACAUUUUCUUUACUUCCAGGUUUUUGUUCCGGAUCAUAUGUUUAAUGCACCGUUAUUUUAAUAAAACAAAACCCGUCUAUGUUUAAAAAAAAAAAAAAAAAAAGAAGUGAGAAAAGUACCACAGACGCCUUUUCAGUAUGUAAAGACAGCGACUUAAAAUAUAAGACACACAAAUGUGCCACUUUGCUAUUUAAGCCGUGCACAGUGAAACAUAAAUGCAUAUAGUAAUACACAAAUAUUUCCAUAAUGAUGUUGAUAUUAUCGGUUUAUGGAGGCAAACUAUAUAUAUUUAAUGAUGUGAGUGUGUGUGGAGGUGAGGGACAUACUUCAGACUAAUUUAACGGCUGUUCUAAAUGAAUCUGUUCUAUGUGAAUGGUUUCAGACUGGUCAUGGUCUGACUGAACUCUCUUUUCUGCUGAGUUAGUGCAACACAGACGCGCCACCAGCUGCACAGAGACUUAGUUACCACACACAGUCAACACACACCAGCGCAAACACACAGAGGGGCCGGUGUCUCCGUCAAAACUAUGCAGCAGUAAUUUAGUUUUGCCCCAGCGUCCCUUAAGGGGACAUCAAGGCAAGUUUGAAAUUAACAAACUGGCAGUAACAACAGUGCCCUCGCUCAAGGACACCAAUCUGACAAGGGCACUUCUAAAACAUUCACAGCCACAUUCACAGCUAUUGUCAGCCACGGAGGGAGGGAGAGGCUGUGAAAAGAGAGCUUGUGGAGUGAUUGUAAGGGACAGUAUGGCCCUGAGCUACACACACACACACAUACACACACACACACAGGAUUUUAUUAAACUCAUAAAUCACAAUGACGACAGACGCCAUCUCAGAGAGGAGACUGUCUGAACGGGAAGGUUAGUGAAAUGAAAGUGCUGGGGAGACACACACACACACACACACACACACACAC